AUGGCGAGACUUCGAGAGGAGAAGCUGGACGGGAAUGGGGAGGCGACUCCAUUGCCGAUGGAGAAGAUGGAAGAGAUGAGGGCAGAAAUGAGAAUGCAGGGAGAAGUUAGGGUUUAUCCGAUGAGAAUGCGAGUGGAGAAAAAGGGUAUGCCGGAAUUGAGGUCGUGGGGGAAAAGGGGUGAGCAGGGAUAUCGGGAGGUGGAGGAGGGAAGAGAGAAUUGCCGAAAAGUAGCAACCCAAGGACAUAAUUCAUCUGCUGCAGACCUUUCCUUGCUGCAGAUUUCAGUUUUCCUCUCUGCAGAAACCAGGGAUGCGAAGUACAUCGACUUGAAAGAACUGCAGAAAUUGGUCAAAUACAAUGAAUUUGGUUCGAUUCAGCAUUUCGAAGAUUUAGCAGAGGAUGACAAGGUUGAUGUCUAUAUCCAGCGUGACUCGCUGAACCGCACAUUAAAAUAUACCAAAACUGCCAUUGACGAAUUAAACAUGAUUGCUUCCAUAAUUGCCCUUGUUGCGAUCUUUAUUGUUUGGUUGAUUUUUAUGGAGAUUUUAACGACCAAAAUGCUUGUUUUCGUAAUGACUCAACUCGCAUUCUUAGCUUUCAUGUUUGGUAACACUGCCAAAACUGUGUUCGAAGCCAUCAUUUUCGUGUUUGUCAUGCACCCAUUUGAUGUCGGCGAUCGUUGUGUGGUUGACGGAGAACAGAUGGUUGUUGAGGAGAUGAGCAUAUUUACUACAGUUUUUACAAGGUCUGAUGGUGAGAAACUAUAUUAUCCGAAUUCAGUUUUAGCCAUGAAGUCCAUCGGCAACCUUUACAGGAGCCUACCAAUGAGUGAAUGCUUGGAAUUUACUUUUGAUCUUUCUACUCCCAAAGCGACUAUUGAUGAACUAAAAGCUAAAAUACACCUGUACCUGGAGGAAAAUAGCAGGCGCUGGCAACCUGACCAGACUGAUAGUUAUGGAGAUUGA